GAAAAACAAAGGCUAAAAAGAAGCAAAGUAGCCAUGUCUGCAAUAUCUGCUUCAUCUCUUAUACUCCAAUCUCUCAAACCCAAAGCUUUAUCUUUACCAAAUUCAACACCCAUUUCCCUUUCCCUCUUCUCUCUUCCUCACAAGCCCCAUGCAAAGCCUCUCUUCUGUUCUGCUCUUCAAAGUUUCGAGAUUUUGGCCAAAAGGUCUUCUUUUUCUUCUAGGUUCGUUAGGAACGUUGCCGUUUCAUCCGAGUAUGGUCAGGAAGAAGAUUUAUUUGGUAGUGACGAGGAUGGAGAAGAGGCUCCUGAUUUCUCCCCCGACUUGAAACUUUUUGUGGGUAACCUUCCUUUCAGUGUGGAUAGUGCUCAGCUUGCUGGCUUGUUUGGAAGCGCUGGAAAUGUUAAGGUGGUUGAGGUGAUUUACGACAAGGUAACUAGUAGAAGUAGGGGGUUUGCUUUUGUAACCAUGUCCACGAUUGAGGAAGUUGAAGCUGCUGAACAACAGUUCAAUGGCUAUGAACUGGAAGGGAGGUCAUUGAGGGUAAACUCAGGACCUCCUCCUCCACGUAGGGAAGACUUUUCUCCUAGAGGAGCAAGGGGUAGGGGAGACUUUUCUCCUAGAGGAGCAAGAGGCAGGGAAGACUUUUCUCCUAGAGGAGCAAGAGGCAGGGAAGACUAUUCUCCCAGAGGAGCAAGAGGUGGUCCUCCUAUGGGAAAUUCAAAUCGUGUCUAUGUCGGUAACCUUUCAUGGGGUGUUGAUGAUAUGGCACUCGAGAACUUGUUCAGUGAGCAGGGCAGUGUUGUGGAAGCGAAAGUCGUUUAUGACAGGGAAAGUGGUAGAUCAAGGGGAUUUGGCUUUGUAACUUAUAAUUCUUCUGAAGAGGUUGACAGGGCUGUCAGAUCCUUGAAUGGUUCUGAUUUGGAUGGCAGACCAAUUCGAGUCACUGUGGCAGAGUCUAGGCCAAGGCGUGAAUUUUGAGUGCAGAUCUUUCCUACCAGUGCUGCUAAAUUCCUCGGGUAUGACUCAAAGAUCUUCCGUUUCAAUAUUAAAACACACGAACUUUCUUGUUGACCUUUAUCUCAUCUAACAUUAUAACACAUUUUUGGAUGAAUAUGUGCAAACUGACAUGUUAAGCUCGAAUAUACAAAAAUUGGUCUUAAAUUUAAUGUUCAUUGCCUAUAUUAAUAUAAGUUUGGAUUGGAUUCUCUUUUUAUCAGGGACGCCUAGAAUAUGCAGCUGCAGUCUUUUCUGCUCAUGGGAGUCUAUAAAUAUGCUUCUUGUUUUGGAUGCAAUGGCCGAUUUGUUCUUUUCAACAUCAGUCUUUAGAUUAUAAAAAGUUGACAACAUCUAUUGAAAUAUUUUUCAUUAUAUGUUCCAAGUAUCAUAUGAUUUCAGUGACUGACAAUGUAGCCUAAUGUUUUGCCUCAUUGGAU